AAGGCCAACGCCUUCAGCAUCGCCUCUCUGAUUGCAGCCGCCCGGCAGGCCGGCCAGCAGGACGGCCCCGAGGAGGACGCCAUCGCGGCGCUGGACGCCCAGCUGAGCGCCGCCGGGGGGCUCCGCCAGCCCUGCAGCCCCGCCGCCCUCGCCGCCGCCCGCAGGAGGAUGCACUUCAGCGCCGUCACCCGCGACAUGGAAGCCUUCACGGCCAACAGCCUGAGCAGCCUCAACGCCUCGGCCGCCGCCGGCUACCACCAUCUCUCGCCCUCGCCGGGGGACCCCUACGGGCAGCAUGAGCCGCCGCACUACGAGCCCUGCUCGGCCCAGCAGCAGCAGCAGCCGGCGCCGCACCACCACCCCGGCCCGCAGCAGACGCCGCAGCAGCACCAGCACGGCUACCCCUUCGGCGGCGGCUCCGGCUCCAACCCGCCGUCCGGCUCCGAGACCCCCGAAGCGGCGGGCGGCGGCGGCUCCUCCGCUCCGGCCUCGGCCAAGGCGCCUGUCAAGAAGAACCCCAAGGUGGCCAACGUCAGCGUCCAGCUGGAGAUGAAGGCGCUCUGGGACGAGUUCAACCAGCUGGGCACCGAGAUGAUCGUCACCAAGGCCGGCAGGCGCAUGUUCCCCACUUUCCAGGUGAAGAUCUUUGGAAUGGACCCUAUGGCUGACUAUAUGCUGUUAAUGGACUUCGUACCAGUGGAUGACAAGCGAUAUCGAUACGCAUUUCACAGUUCCUCCUGGCUGGUAGCCGGCAAGGCUGACCCAGCGACUCCCGGGAGAGUACAUUACCACCCAGAUUCUCCAGCCCGGGGAGCUCAAUGGAUGAAACAGAUUGUCUCCUUUGACAAACUUAAGCUGACUAACAAUUUAUUGGAUGACAAUGGACAUAUCAUUUUGAACUCCAUGCACAGAUAUCAGCCUCGUUUCCACGUGGUUUACGUGGACCCUAGGAAAGACAGCGAGAAGUACGCAGAAGAGAACUUUAAGACCUUUGUCUUUGAGGAGACCCGCUUCACUGCAGUGACAGCCUACCAGAACCACAGAAUUACCCAGCUCAAGAUUGCCAGCAACCCUUUUGCAAAAGGGUUCCGAGACUGUGAUCCGGAAGACUGGCCUAGAAAUCAUAGACCUGGAGCCCUGCCUCUCAUGAGCGCUUUUGCCAGGUCCAGAAAUCCAGUAUCUUCCCCAGCGCAUCAGAAUGGCAAUGAGAAAGAUGUCGCUGAGAGUCGGCGGGAGUACGAACGGGAAGCAGCCAGCGGGACACCUCUUCAUGCGGAUCCUGCUCACCAGCAGCUCAUGUCUCGGGUGCUGAGUCCGGCGCUGCCUGUGCCCGGUGGAGGAGGCCUGGUUCCACUCACCAGUACAACAGGAAGCCGGCCCAGCCCUCCCCACCAUGAACUGCGGCUGGAACCGUCUGCUUCGGAGACCCUGCAUCAUCACCCCUACAAACAUCCCGUCUCAGCCUAUGACCAUUACCUGGGGGCAAAGAGCAGACCGGCACCCUACCCUUUGCCCAGCAUCCGAGGACACAGUUAUCACCACCACCACCACCAUCACAUGAAUCCGGCAGCUGCUGCCGCUGCUGCAGCUGCCGCCGCAGCCAACAUGUAUUCUACUGCAGGCGCUCCUACCGGCUAUGACUAUGGACCAAGAUAACAUCACUGUCAAAAGGUCCUCUAGCUCUGACUAGCUUUCUGCAUGGUUUGAACGGCUCAGUUGCAUAUGUUUUUGGAGAGCACUAUCUUGCUGGAAGAACUCACACCGUGACCUCUGUGUUUCUACAAAGGGGGUGGGGAUGCUUUGAUCUCUUGCACAAGUUUGAUCCCUCCUCUGAACCUCCUUUUCUUGCACCCUCCGAUUCAUCAAUCCAGACUGGUUUCCUUCCUCAUCCCAGGGGAUGAAACAAUAGGCUGGCUUAACUCAGCAUACAAUCCGAUGGACUCAGCUCACACCAGAGUGAUGGAUGGAGGUCAGGACGUCCUCUGCGGCAUUUCACACCACCUCCCACCAUGUUCGGAGCGCAUUGGUCUCUCCCUCACCCCCAGACACAGGGAUCUCCAGCUGCGAUUUUCUUUGCUCUAUAAACGAAGCCAUAUGCUGCUUCAAUUCCCUUGCUGCUGUCAUCAUAAUAUAACCUUUACUGCUUUUGCAGUUCUUUACCUGUUCAAAGUGCUUGAUGAAGCCCACUUCUAACACUGUCAUUUUAUAGGUAGGACAGCUAGUCCUGUGGACAGCCUUACAAAACUGAUUUUCACUUAAGGCCAAUUUAAUGUGAUGGGAUUAUGACUGCAGUGGUGAAAAUACACUAAUCAGUUUGACAUUGGCAGAGUGUGCUGAUGUGCAACUGACCUGUGCAAUCAUGCACCUGGAAGAUUGAGCAUCAGUUGCACACAGAGAGUGACUUGACCUUUGGGAUCUCUGAGGAAGACUGGAGAUGGGCACGAACCGAAAUACGAACCAAAAUUAAGCACGAACCAGGCCGGUUCGUGGUUUGCGAACCACAGUUCGUCAGAUCCCAUUUCUGACAAAUCGCCAUGAACUUUUAGGCUGAUUCGUUUGGUUCAUUUUUUGGUUUCUCGCUGCAGACAGCCUGGUGGCAAUCAAUCAGUUUCCUAGGCAACAGGGGAUGGACUUCCUGCAAACCUUCUGUUUGCCGGAAAGUGAUGGCUUUCUGACCUGGAUAAGAUGUUUUCACAAACCAAACAAACCGGUUCAUGAACCAGGGGCAGGUUUGUGAAAGUUUGUGGUCCAUGAUUCGUGAAAUUUGACGAACCAUGAACCACAUGGUUCGGGGUUUUUUCAGUUCAUGCCCAUCUCUAAGGCAGACUAAUGCUGUCCUUGGCGCAUUUAUCUGUAGGGCUUAGUUAGCAACGUUGGCACCACCAUGCUAUAUAACAGGCUAAACGAUGCAGUUUGUAUCCCAGCCAUUCAACAAAUGCUCUGUGGCAUUAGAUCACGCCGUGCAGACAGUUGGAGCAGCCCAGAAAUGUGGAUGGGAGGAUGUUGUUGCAGUCAUACUGCUGCCGGUGGGCUUCCUAGAGGCAGCUGGUAGGCCACUGUGUGAAUGCUGGACUUGAUGGGCCUUUGGUUCGAUUCAGCAUUUCUCUUCUGAUGUUCUUAUUCUACCAUAACUAUUUUGCAUCUUGGCCAUAAAGUAUCUUCACUGAAUAUAAGUAAAGAAUGUUCAAGUUCAGUCACAGGAAAUCUAUGAGAUCUGUAGCAUGGGGGAAAGAGUAAGCCCAAACCUCAGGAGCACCUGCUCUAGACCCCUCACAAAUGGUAUUGCUAGAAAACUGUGUAAAUGCAUGAGUAAUUUGCAUAGUACUGGUGAUCUUACCAUCAUGGAGUCAGACGAAUCACAAAUGCCCAGUUCACGUGUCACGUCCUUUGCAGAGAGGGAACCAUGCUUGUUCCUGAACAGCAAGCCCAUCGCAAGGCUAAUUUUCUGAAAGGGGCCUGUAUGAUGGCACUGGAAUUAAAGAAGUAAUUGCCUUGCGAGGGAAUAAAUAUUCUAACAAUAAUAAUUCUAGUGAUAAUAAUGCCACAGCAGUGUGUCUUUUAUCAUAACAUCUCACAAAAGGUAUAUUAACCACUGAAUAAUCUAGUGAGAUGUUUCCUUCCUGCUUUGCAAAUUUUCUGCGAGGAAGAUGUAAUGAAUUAUUUGAGUGGAGACAAAGGAGUGAUGCAUGCACAUUUUACUGGGUUAUAACCUGGGAUUUUUUUCCAGCAGGAACGCGGUGGAACAGAGUUCCAGCACCUCUUGAAAAUGGUCACAUGGCUUGUGGCCCCGCCCCCCGAUCUAAACUCCCCUCUGUCUGGAGAUCAGGGGGUAGGGCCACCAGCCAUGUGACCAUUUUCACUGAGGGUGAUUUAAAUUUUUAAAAAUUCCUCCCCUUGUUCCAGCUGACCCAAAGUGACAUCUUUGCACGGUCUCGGAAGCAUGUGCUCACUUUGCACGUGCUCAUGUGGUACCAGGGGCACCACCUCCUGCCAGGAGUUACCCCCUGUGCUGGCAACCCACUGAGUUCCACUACCUCUUUUCCCAGAAAAAAAGCCCUGGUUAUAACAUUUCAGACUGUGGGUGGGACAGCAGACAUCUGAAGACGUGUAUGUAAUAUAUGCAUAUCUCCCAGUGUACACAAAACUAGUGUAGCUAGGGAAAGCGUUCUAGCUUGACCUUCUUUUUGAUGUGCAAAUUUUAGAUGCUCAGGAUAUAACAUGUAUAUAGACAGGAACGCUGAAACAGACAAUCCGUCACUUGCUGUCUGUAGGGGUAUAGUUCAGCAAAGACUUGUCUCACCUGACUGCUUUGCUUGCUUGUUUUUGCCUUUGGCAUUAUUAGCUUGUCUCUUUCCAAUACCUGUUCCAAGUAUGUUCAGGGCCAAUCCAUCCCACUAGAUGUUACCGCCAGCUGCCUUAGGAUAGAAAGUUAUCAUCUGGAAAUUUAGAUUGUUCCAACAUUUGUUAGUAGUAAUAAUAAUAACAACACUUGAUUUAUAUACCACCUUUCAGGACAAAUUAAUGUCACACUCAGGGUGGUUUACGAAGUGUGUUAUUAUCCUCAGGACAAUCACCCAGUGAGGUGGGCAGGGCUGAGAGAGCUCUGAAAGAGUUGUGGCUGACCCAAGGUCACCCAGCUGGCUUCAAGCGGAGGAGUGGGGAAUCAAACCUAGUUCUCCAGAUUAGAGUCCUGCCGCUCUUAACCAUUACAUCAAACUGGUUAACAUAGUUGGUCUAUGGCUGAUUCCGCACACGUUGGAUAAUGCACUUUCAAUGCACUUUAGCAGUCGUUUAGAAGUGGAUUCAGUUCCAAAUGGUCUCUAAAGAGGAUUGGAAGUGCAUUAUCUAACGUGUGCAGAACCACUGAGCAUCUCCUCCCCUGCUUCAUAAGAUAUCAUUGGACCAUAAGAUAUCAUUUGGGUCCUAUCCAAGGGUUGAUCAACACAGCCAGCUGGUACUCGGUAGCCACUGUUUUUCUGCUCAGUCUGCGGCCGCUCUCCGGUUAUUGCACAUCAGUUAUUCAUUGACACACGGAGAGACUGUACUGUUGCAUACAGUUAUUCAGUCAUCAUCAGCAGAGACUGGGAUCAUGCAGUUUCUGCAUGGGUGAGAUGAGUCAUGGCUGAAUCAUGGUUUUCACAGCAAGCACCCUUGGGGUGUCUGGUUUUUGACUAUGUAAAGAGUAACGGAGUGGUGCACAUUCACCACAUGUUUUGGAAAAAACUAUAUCAUUUGUGUUCGGUGACCGUAGCUCUUUGCGUGUUUCAUACAGCAAACACUGGGGCACCCAUUGCGACAUGUAAUAUGGGAAUCAGACUGCAGACAAGAAUCACUACCACAUAGGUUUUGUGGGGGAUACAGGAAGCUGCUGUAGCAUAGUGGUUAAGUGGUCGGGUUGCGAAUCAGCACUCUGCUGGUUUGACUCCCACUACUGCCCUGAGUUCAGGAGGUUGCCUUGGGUAAGCCUCUCCUCUCAGCCCCAGCUCCCCAGCUGUAUUGUGGGGAUAACAACAGCACUGACCUAAUUCACCACUCUGAGUAGGGCAUUAAUCUGUCUAAAAAAGUCGUAUAUGUGCAGCUAUUAUAAAAUGGAGCAGUGGAGGGUGAUGCUUUGAGGUGUUUUGUGCCCCCACUGGAGGGAAAAGAAGCAGGAUAUAAAUAUCUAAAGUGGAGGGUAUGCUGCACACAGAGAGAAAAGGCUGGCUGUGUGUAUCAACUCAGGUUAUUAGACUGAAACAUCUCCCAUUACUGAACAAUCCACAUAUAAAGUUAACCCUUUACCCGUCUCCCCCAGCUCUCUCACUAGCAAGUUUUAAUUUCAUUAACAGCUUGCCAGUCUUAUACUACCCAACUCAAUGUCCACUGCAGCAAGGCAGUAGCCAGGAUAGGGCCGGGCCUGGGGGUACAACCCUACUUAGAAUACCUAUUUGUCUCACCAAAGACUCCCCCCCCCAAAACAGACACUUAAAUUCAUGAUACAGCAACUUCUAUGGAAAGGAUGAGUAUUUGUUUUUAUAAUCAGAACGUUUCUGGUUUAAACAAACCAUUGCUGGGCUGAGGCGUCCCCAAAGAAGCUAUGUUCCAAAUACAACCCAUCUGACCCACCCUGCUCUCAUCCCCUGCCUUGCUCAGAACGGAUUUUUCAACAGCACCAUUGCUUACCUGACCCUGAAAAACCAACCUCCCUUUAGCUAUGAUGACCGUGAACUGGAAGGACAUAAGGGAUUACUUUAGGGCACUCUUUGUAAGUAGAUAUUAAAAUUCUGCAUACAAAAAUACCUGCUUCCCAUUCAAUUUAACAAUCUGUAUACACUAAAAUACCCAAAGGAUUGGCAACAGGGAUCUGGAAAGGCCUGUUGGUUUAUUAUAAGGAAAUGCCAUUAUUUUUUCCAUGUAUUGCCUUAAAAUCCUAUGUGGAAAUGUAGUAACCUACUUGGCUUGGGAUAAAAUUCCAUUGAAUACGGUGGGAUUUACCAGUGAACAAGACUGAGAUCCAGGGGUCAUUUCACAGAAAAAGAGCUGGAGGAACUCAUUAGCAUAACUCAUUAGCAUAUGCCAUGCCCCUUGACAUCACUGAAAAUGUGUCAUUAGCAUAACUGAUUUGCAUAUGCCACACCCCCUGGCAUCACCUAUCCUGGCUGUUUUGGACUCAAUCCUGGCCAUUCAGGACCGAAAUUGGGCCCAAAAUGGCAAAAAGGGGCUGAAAAUGGCCGAAAAGGGGCCCUAAAUGGUCAGGAUCAGGCUGCUGCUGAGAGUGAUCCAUCACCCAUCAGAGGCCCGAUCCGGGCCAUUUCGGCCCCAAUCCAGGACGAAACAGGCCCAAAAUGGCUGAGAGUCAGGUGGGCAGGGCCACCUGACAUGUGACCUCUUUGGGGAACUGCCAGAACUGCAUUCCUGCGCAUUCCCCCUCGAAAUGAGCCCUGCUGUGAUCCUUUUUCACAAUUCAGCAUGCACGUUUCUUUAGGAGUAUGCCCUACUGUUUGUAUGCACGGUUACUUGAAUACAGUGAGAUUUACUUGCAAGUAACCAUGCUUCCAAUUGGGCUUCUUAUCUGGAAUGCAUAGGAUACUAUUUCUAUUCUGUUAUUUGCUAAGAACUCCCAUUUAGGAUUCUUUUGCAAGAAGCACUGUUUUUGAAAGUAUGAGAUUGCUCAGUAUAACAAAUAUAGAACAUUUAAAUAUCCAGAAAUAAUAAUAUUUCCCCUUGCCUCUUAAAAAAUGUAGACCAACUUCCUGAUCUGAAUAAGAUUUUAUGGAAGUAGAUGCCAGUGAUAUUGAUGGGACUUGCAAUACAUGAAUGUAUUUAGAAUGGCAGUGAAAUGUUCAGAAGCAGUUAUUGUAAGGGAUGAGUGCAAAGACAUUUAGCGUAGGCAGCAGUUGUCAAGGAUGUCUCCCUUGUGCCAGGAUACUAAAGCACAAUUAUUUGGGAAUGGAUCAGAGCUGUUUAGCAUCCUGGAACACCAAGAGGAAGGCUAGCAAACGUCUUCCAGGGGUGUUUUGUAACAGGUGACCCAGAUUGGUUGCUCCGUACACUAUGCAAGGCAAACCCAGAUUUGCCACCAAGCCUGCACUCAACAGAGUGGCAGCUAAUCACAGCAGCCCGAUAAAUGUACAUGAAUGCUGCAGAUACACUUUACAACUCUAGGUGUAGGAAAAUGCUUAUGAACGAACUGAGAGUUGGAUCCAACUAGCUUUACUGUCAGUGAAAAAGGCAGUAAACCUCUGAAUACCAGUGCCAAGAGGCACCAUCAGGGGAAGUCCUUGGCCUCUAUGCCCUAUUUGUUGACCCCCCAUAAUAACUGGUAGGCCACUAUGUGAGAUUGGAUACUGGACUAGAUGGACCACUGGUCUGAUCCAUCAGAACUCUCCUUAUGUUCCUGUGGGCUUCCCUUUGGGUACUGCUGAGGACCUUAGGACUAGAGAUGGGCACGAACCAAAAUAUGAACCAAAGUCUGUGACGAACCAGGUCGGUUCGUGAACCAUGAACCAGCAGUUCGUCAGAGCCCAUUUUUGACAAACCACCACAAACUUUAGGCUGGUUCGUUUAGUUUGUUUUUUGGUUUGUUACUGCAGACAGCCUGGCACUGAUCAAUCAGUUUCCUAGGCAACAGGGGAUGGACUUCUGCUGACUCGGAAGUGGUCUUCUACUGGCCCGGAAGUGACCUUCUGCUAGCCCGGAAGUGACGAUUUGCUGACCUGGAUGUAACUUUUCAUGAACCAAACAAACCGGUUUCGCGAACUGAGGCAGGUUCGUGAAAGUUCGUGGUUCGUGAAAUGUGACGAACCACAGACCGCAUGGUUCAUUUUUUUCCAGUUCAUGCCCAUCUCUGCUUAGGACCCACAUGGACUCAUGAAGAUGAGACAGGGACAGUAGCAAGGAAGGGAAUUGGGCAAGGCUGUGUGAAAAAGCUGGAUGGAUCCAACUCACAACAUGUGAAGAACUGUUAAAGAUACUUAGAAUUGGCGUUUCGACUGUAACCCAAUUUAACACUGCUCAGAAGAGUUUGGUGGAAAGGGCUCUGCUCAAAUCCAAUGCAGGAUCAUCCAUCUGUGGCUUUGAAAAGCCAUGUGCUCGUUUUUCUUAAUGGCAGCCUUUAAAAUACGUUUGCUAUCUUGAUCCACAUCUAGCCUAAACAUACCCAGGCUUUUGGGUGUGACUUCCUCCUUCGUGCUUCUUUGCUCUAAAUUCCACAGGCUUCUUCUUGCUCUCAAGCACCCCCCCCCCCGUCUUUCUUUUUCUCCCUCUGGAUAUGCAGUGCUGCUACGGCAGAGUAACUUCAGCCCAAUGUUCAGCACUGAGCUCUCUGAUUCCUGAAGCGUUUGGCAGCCUUACGAAGAAUUGCAGGCAGAAGCAAAUUAGUUCCUUAACUUUUUCUUUUCUUUCUUUUUUAUUGUUGCAAACAUCCAAAUCCAUGAUAAAACGGUGUGCAAGAAACAUGCUAUUUUUUUUAAAGUUAAUGUAAUAUUUGCAGUGAAUUGUGAGUUCUUUGAAAUAUCUGACUAAACCAUGCUGUUGAAUACUGUUCUUAAGAAGUCCGGUGUAGUGUGUAUGUAUUGCAUUGCUCGCUAGCUCCAAGAUGCUCGUCCAUGUGCCCUUCUUACUUGGCUGCUGUUAUUUCAGAAGGGAUGCCUUCCUACACAUGGAUCAGUGCCAAAGCUUUUGGUCAAGCCUUUCACAACGUUGGUAUAUUUAUUUUUCUUUUUUUCUUUCCACGUUUAUGCAAUUUGUGUUUUUCUUCUUCUUGAUCAUUGCAGUGUAAGAAAAAAAUAAGCAUUCAGUUCAACCAAAGAGUCAUAUCUGCAAAGAAUGUAGAUAAUUUGUAGAUAUUUGUAGAUACUUGUAGAUAAAAAAAAAAUACCACAAUUACAUUGAAAGAAUGGUGGACAGUAACAUUUAUAAAAAGUUUUCCUCUUC